AUGGGAAUCGGACAAUUUCAUCACAUUCCCUCACCUCAUCCUCCUCCUUCUCCAAUCUCCAUCUCCUCCCCUGUGAAGCCACCGGCCGGAGACAAGUCGCACCCCACAGAAACACCGGCGAGCUUCAACCCCACAGCUAAGGCACCCAAUCCAAAGAUGACAGAUGGAUUAGGUUUGGAAUGCCAAGUUUGUGGCUUUGUGGGAUUGGAUGAUGGCUCUGAUGGUUUCUUUUACUGUCAAAGAUGCGGUUCUCAAGCUGAUGGAAUCAGGGAUACAGCUGUUGAUGAUGAUGAGAUGCUUUUAACAAAGGAAAAUGUUGGUGGAAUUGUGCAAAGACGUGUAGCUAUGGUCAAACCUGAACCUCUCUCUCAAUCUCAACCCCCUUCACAGUUUUGGGAAACUUUAAGGACCCAAGAGAAUGAUGAUGAUGAUGAUGAUGGGGUGGGUCCCACUGAGCCUAUUGAUUUUGGGAGAGGGCCAAGAACAUUGAGUUAUGAAGAUUACUAUUCAGAAAUUAGGAUGAGGUAUGUAAUGGGAGUGCAGAUCAUGAUCGAGUUGCAAGUUAAGGCUUUGGUUGAAAAAUUCAACGUGUGUCCUAUAAUUGUUGAUAUGGUGGAGCCCAUUUGGUUAAGAUUUGUGGCAUCAACUAAGCUUUUCAGUGAUGAUUGGGCUGAUGAGGUUAUUAAUGAAUCAGAAUCUCAAGUACAAGGGGAAACAGAAGCUGUUGCACCAAAUGCUAAACACAAAUCCGAACCCCAUAACAUACUCGGAAAACGAUCCGUAAUGAUAUGGUAUAGAUCCACCAUUACAUUGUAUUUCUAUUCAGAAGCUGGAAUCAUUAGCUGCUUCAAUUGCUCAUUCCAUUGGAUUGGAAUUACCUCCGGUCAACUUCUAUGGAGUUGCUGCCUGGAAUCAUUAGCUGCUUCAAUUGCUCAUUCCAUUGGGAAGUGGGAAAAGGGUUUGGUGAAGAGAAAAGACGGAAAGGAAUCUAAGAUUUUGGAUAAAACAGCGGAAUCGGAAUCGGAAUCGGAAUCAGAAUGCAAGAUGUCGUCUCUUUCUAAUAAUCUUGUUUCCGAGAGUUAUGAUAAGCGACUACCGAAACAAUCGAACUUGGAUGCUACAGAGAUUUUACUUUUGCUCGAGUCAAAAUACAGUCAACUCAUUGAUAAAAGUGAUCAGAUAAUAGAAGAUCUUUGGAAUUAUUAUCAUAAAGAAGAGGAGGAUCACAAGCCAUCAUCUCCAAGCUCUAAUUGUGGUUCCCACAAGAGACCUUUUGAUUUUACCGAAACCAACAUGAAGAAGCUCAAGAAAUCUAAAGAUGAAAAUGAUGACAAAAUUAGCAAUGAGACCCAAAAAGAAAAGGCAAUAAGACGAAUGAUAUCAAAUAUGGAAGAAAAAAGAUUUUGUUAUAUUCCUCCAAGGACUAAAAUUAAAAGACCCGAUGAUUAUUUACAUUAUACAAGGAAAAAAGAUGAUGGAAACUAUACUUAUGCUUCACAUGUGGAUUAUUAUAUUUUAUUAAGAUCAUGUGCAAGAGUGGGUCGACUCGAUGUUAGGGUUAUGCAUGGUGCAGUGUUGAGUUUUGAGAGGCGACUGGCGUGGCUUGAAAAGAAUAUUGAUCAAUGCGUGAAAGAAAUGCCUAGUUUUCAAGUGUCUUGUGAGCUUUGUCCACAAGAUGAUAUGAAUGGUGAUGAAUCAAUGGAUUUUUCUAAGUUAAACUUGUAA